AGACAAUGACCAUUGACUUCAUCUCUUGACGAAAAUGAGGACACUGCUGGGCCAGCAGCCUUCCAAGAAAGUGUGCUUUGAUUGUUGAGAGUUCAACCACUGUCUGGACCCAAAGAAAAAUUUCAGUUAAAUGGAUCGCUGAUUUGUGUUAUUUGUUUAUUAGCAAGUUCUACAGGUUCGUGCUUCUAUCAAUCAAAGUUAGAAAGCUCUCAGACGCACCGGAAGCUCAAGAAAUAUGGCUCAGGCUGUUGUCUCUUUUGCGGCCAGAUGGAUUGCUGAUUUGAUGAUUCAAGAAGCAAACCUCUUAUACGGAGUUCGCGAUCAAGUUGAAGGUUUGGUGAGAGAGUUAAGGCGGAUGCAAUGUUUUUUAAAAGUUGCAGAUGCAAAACAAGUAGAAAAUGAGAUUAUCCGUAAUUUGGUUGCGGAAAUCAGAGAAAUUGCUUAUGAUGCAGAGGAUCGGAUAGCGACUUUUAUAGUAGAGGUUGAGCCGAGGAGAAGGCAAGGCUUUCGAAACUUCAUCACGAGAUCUACUCGCAUCUUCAAUGAACUCAUAGCUCGGCGCAAGAUUGGCUCUGAAAUUAGAAGGAUUAAAAGCAAGAUCACUGAGCUUACUGCAACAUUUCCAACUUAUGGCCUAAUUGCUAUGGCCCCUGAAAGAGAAGGUCCAAGUUCUGCUCUUCAAAGGCAAUUUCAGUUACGACGGACUUAUUCCCAUGUUGAAGAUGAAGAUUUUAUUGGUUUUGAGCUAGACAUAAAGACACUAGUGGAUCAAUUGGUGAGAGAAGAAGCCAAACACCGUAAGGUUGUUUCAAUUUGCGGUAUGGGGGGUUUGGGAAAGACUACCCUUGCUAGGAAAGUUUACCAUCACCAAGACGUUAAGGGCAAUUUUGAAGCCUUUGCUUGGGUCUCAAUAUCACAACAAUGGGAACGAAAAGAUGUUCUGCAAAGGAUCCUAACUAAACUCAUUCCAGAGAAAAGUGGGCAGAUUGUGACUAUGAUAGAUGACCAGUUAGUGAAGUUACUCUAUCAAGUUCAACAAGAGAAAAAAUGCCUAGUUGUUCUUGAUGACAUUUGGUCAUCACAUGCUUGGGAGUGCUUAUCACCGGCAUUUCCUAAAGGAAAUCCUAAGGGUAGCAAAAUAAUCGUUACUACUCGUAAUAAAGAGGUAGUAACAUCUAUGGAUCCAAGUGGUUUCGUCCUUGAACCCGAGUGUUUAAGCCCGGACAAGAGCUGGAAGUUAUUCGAAAAAAAGGCUUUCUCGAAAACAAAUACUACAGAAUUCAAAGUUGACACAGUGAUGGAGAAGUUUGGAAAAGAAAUGGUUGAAAAAUGUGGGGGCUUACCACUAGCCAUUGUAGUACUUGGAGGACUUCUAGGAACAAACUUGACCUUGAGCCAUUGGCAGAAAGUGCAACAAAAUUUCAAUUCUUAUUCAAAAAGAGGAGAAUACAUGAGAGGAGGAGGAGGACAAGAUGGAAGAGUAUUGGAUGUGUUAGCUUUGAGUUACCAAGACUUACCAUAUCAGCUCAAGGCAUGUUUCCUUUAUUUGGGCAAUUAUCCUGAGGAUUUCGACAUCGAUGCAGAGAGACUAUAUCAAUUGUGGAUGGCUGAAGGCUUCAUAUCCCAAGAAGAAAGAGGAGAAGACGAAACCAUGAUGGAUGUGGCCGAACGUUACAUGGGUGAACUAGCACAAAGGUGCAUGGUUCAAGUGGAAAUGGAGCCAGAGGAGUAUUCAAUAAUUAGAGAAGGCAGAGGGUUUCGAUGUUGUCGACUUCAUGAUCUCAUGAGAGAUUUAUGUUUGUCAAAGGCAAAAGAGGAAAAUUUUCAUCAGGUCAUUGAAUGUGGGCAUAUAAAUCAGCAAGAGCAUCCCUCUUCUUCAUCCAUAGUAACAUCAAUUGGUGGUAACACUUGCAGUAAAAUACACAGACUUGUCAUGAAUCUAGAUAAGAAGAAUAGUGCUCGGCAUAUUCGUCUCUUUGAACAAGAAGAAAGUGCUCGGCAUAUUCGGACAAUUUUAUUCUUCAGAGGUGAACGGAAUUGAAGGCAAUGCUGUUUGGGAGGUUCUUGUCACUGCAGGAUGAUGAUAUCGUCUUACUUCUAUGCUGCUUCUUCAACCUUGAUGACAGAGGCAAAGAGCUUGUCUGGAAGCUCUUAGAUGGUUCAAGCAUAUAUCAAUGGAUAUCUGUGUGGUGUUCACUUGUUGACACAUAUAGUUCUAAUUUAAUUUGGUGAAGUUACUUUGGCUGGAGACUUAUGUGGACUUUAAUUUGUAUGGUUUAUUGGAAGACAUUAAAACUAUAUUUAAUUUGUUUGCUUGUUUAAGUUCUUAUUUUGUUGUUACUAAAGCUACUUGGUAGGCUGUUCAUGCAGCUCAUGUUCUACCUAAUAAGUCUGUACUUGUUUGUCAUGUACUUGUUUAGUUUUAUAUAUUUAUGGGUAAAAUUGUAUUUGUGGUCUCUAUAAUUUGCUUUUGGAAUCAAUUUGGUCCAUGUAAUUUCAACUCUA